AUGGCUGAUUCAAAUGCAGUUGUUCAUCAGAAAAAACGCAUAUUAGCACUGGCUUUAGUCGCUUCCGACCAAUUAUUACAAAUUAUUAUGUUGGACAGCAGUAGUAGUGAAAGUGAUGAGGAAUUUGAUUUGGCAUCAUGUGAAAUGCGAUUGAGAGUGCGAGGUUGUAGAAAGACACCAGCACGGUGUCAAGGUUAUAUAUCGGAUACGAUUCCAAGAAUGACCUAUAAAGCAUUUCGCGAGCAUUUUCGGAUAACUUCGAACACUUUUGAGAAUCUCGAAACGCGUUUGGGCCUGGCGUUAUUUAUUACAAAUGAUACAGGCCGACCUAUGAUACCUGUAAGAAACCAACUAUUGUCGGUUUUGUGGCUGCUUGCUACUCCAGAUUCGUACAGAUCUGUAGCCGACCGCUUUGGUAUGGGCAAGUCAUCGUUGAGUAACUGCUUCAUGCGUGUUAUCAAAGCUUUCAACGAUAUUGCUGGUGAUAUAAUUGUUUGGCCAACAGGUGACAACCUUUUGACUGUAAAAAAUAAAUUUAAAGAAAAUGGUGGUUUACCUGAUGUCAUCGGUGCAAUCGAUGGUACUGAUAUUGAAGUAAAAGGUCCUAAG